AAUACUCUCACUUACAGACUUAAUACUAAUCAAUAGAAUUUUAAACCUUAGUGCUCAGAAAUAUAUAAAAUGACAGAAACUGAAACAACUGCUGAUCGGAAUGUUGAAAUCUGGAAAAUCAAAAAGCUAAUCAAAAGUUUAGAGGCUGCUCGUGGAAAUGGAACAAGCAUGAUUUCAUUAAUCAUUCCGCCAAAAGACCAAGUAUCUAGAGUGGCAAAGAUGUUAGCAGAUGAAUUCGGCACGGCAUCUAAUAUUAAGAGUAGAGUGAACAGACUAUCUGUGCUCGGAGCGAUUACCUCCGUACAACAAAGACUCAAACUUUAUAACAAAGUUCCACCAAAUGGUCUUGUUGUAUACUGUGGUACUAUUGUAACAGAUGAAGGAAAAGAGAAAAAAGUUAACAUUGAUUUUGAACCAUUCAAACCGAUCAAUACGUCCCUUUACCUGUGCGAUAAUAAAUUUCAUACCGAAGCUCUGACAGCUCUACUUUCCGACGAUAACAAAUUCGGAUUCAUUAUCAUGGAUGGUAACGGCGCCCUUUUUGGUACCUUGCAAGGAAAUACCAGAGAUGUAUUGCAUAAAUUCACAGUUGAUUUGCCCAAGAAACAUGGUAGAGGAGGUCAGUCUGCACUUCGUUUUGCUCGGCUAAGAAUGGAAAAAAGACACAAUUAUGUACGAAAAGUGGCAGAAACUGCAGUUCAAUUAUUUAUCACGAAUGAUCGUCCUAAUGUAACUGGCCUUGUUUUAGCGGGUUCAGCAGAUUUCAAAACAGAGUUGAGUCAAUCGGAUAUGUUCGAUCAACGAUUACAAGUUAAAAUUCUGAAGCUUGUCGAUGUUUCUUAUGGCGGAGAAAAUGGAUUCAAUCAGGCUAUUGAAUUGUCCGCAGAAGUUUUGUCUAAUGUCAAAUUUAUACAAGAGAAGAAACUAAUUGGAAGAUAUUUUGAUGAGAUUUCACAAGAUACUGGAAAAUAUUGCUUCGGAGUUGAUGAUACUUUAAAAGCACUAGAAAUGGGUGCAGUAGAGAUAUUGAUUGUUUGGGAAAAUAUGGACACAAUGCGUUAUGUAUUGAAGAAUCAUACUGCUGACGACGAAAAGAUUUUAUUUCUCAGACCGGAUCAAGAAAAAGACAAAACACAUUUUACAGAUAAAGAUACAGGAGUGGAAAUGGAGAUGGUUGAAAGCUGCUCGUUAUUAGAAUGGUUUGCCAACAAUUACAAAAGGUUUGGUUCCACUUUGGAAAUCGUUACUGAUCGAUCACAAGAAGGUUCCCAGUUUGUUAAAGGAUUUGGCGGUAUUGGUGGAAUGCUGAGGUAUCGCAUCGAUUUUCAUAGCAUGGAAUUUACUGAAGAUGAUGAUCUAUAUGACGAAUACUAAAGUGGUGAUGUCUAAAUUUUAAGGAAAAUGGCAAUAGCUUCUUAAAACAGUUCUUGGUGAAAUCUUUGAAUGACGAUAUAUAAACGGAAAAGUGACUGGGAAUAUUGUUAAGCGAUUUUUAAUAACAUCAGAUGUGCUUCAUUACAUUCAACAACACUCUGCCGCCUUACUCUUGAAUAUCUAUCCAUCAUUAUUUAUGUAUUUGCAGUGCGAUUAUUUGGUGUUGCUUCUAAAUGUUUUCCUUUUUUUCACUACAUUUUGCAAGUGCUGUAUGCAUUGUUGCCAAUUUUCAUGACCAAUUUACUUGUUGUGUUGCUUGUGUGUAGCAUAUUUGCUGCAUAUUUAUUGAAAAGUCAAGAGAAAAUAAUACUUUUAUUUGAGAGGGAAA